AAGCGUAAAGAAGAGGGGGGCCUAUUGAUGCCCGGUCAACGCACUUGCAUUCUACCUUCUACCUCCUUAAUGUAUAUAAAGAAGAAGCAUCGUACGGAUUUCAAGGCAGAUACCGAGAACAACAUGUACGGUAAGGUGCUUUUGAUUCUUACAACGACUCUGGCUAUGACCAGUGCCCAGAUACCUACUCUGGGUUGGUGUCCAGAGUACGUCCCAAUGGCGAACUUUGACAUGAACAGGUUUUUGGGCACUUGGUACGAAGCGGAAAGGUACUUCCAACUCGCCGAAGUGGUUUCACGUUGCGUCAUGUCGAAUUACACAAAAGGUCCUGAUGGCAAGCUUCGCGUGAGCAACGAAGUUACGAGCAGAAUUACCGGAAUCAAGAGAAUAUUGGAAGGUGAAAUCAAACAGGCAGCAUCAAAGGCAGAGGAAGGGAAAUUGCACGUGAAAUAUACGGCUUUACCUCUAACUCCAGAGACGCAUUAUUCAGUGUUAGAAACUGAUUAUGAUAACUAUGCAGUGUUGUGGAGCUGUUCCGGUAUUGGUCCGAUCAAUGCCCAAAAUGCUUGGGUAAUGACCAGAGACAGAAUCGCACCUGGAUCGAUACUUCAAAAGGCUUAUGGCGUUUUGGACAAAUACAAAAUUUCCAAAGCAUUUUUCGUGAAGACGAAUCAAGAUGAUUGCGUUUAUCAAGCAGCGAGUACGGUUACCAUUCAGGAUAGCACUGCAGUCAAUGCGGAAAAGGAAGAAUCCGAGACAACUGAUGAGCACGCGCGAAACGUAUCGCUUUUGUCCGAGGACUCGGCUACCAAACCAGUCCGACACGUAGAAGAAUCGAUCGUCGAGGAGAAAAUACCGCAAAGGGUAGAAACCGUGCCGCAAAGAAUUCUCAAAGUCGCGGAGUUUGCAAAAAAGGAUGAUAAGUUAGUCGAAAAGCCGACAAAGGGCUUGGAGGAUUUGGAAAAGAAAUCGAAUUUGAAAAAAUUCGAUGACAAAUUAAAAAAGAAAGAAGAAAUUCUGGAAAUACCGAAGGAAUCAUCUAUGUUAUCGUUAUCAAUAAUUCUUGUUUUGGUGGGUAUGGCAUCGGCCCAAAUUCCAGCUUUGGGCAGUUGUCCAGAUGUCCAAAUUCUUACCGACUUUGAUUUAGGAAAGUAUCUGGGAGUGUGGUACGAGAUAGAAAAAUAUUUUUCGGUGUUCGAGCUUGGUGGAAAAUGCGUAGAAGCUAAUUAUACGCUCAGAGAUAACACAACGGUGAAUGUAAUAAAUCGACAAAUUUCUUCUAUAACUGGCGUCGCUAUGUCGAUCGAAGGAUAUGCAAGAUUUGAGGGACCACCGAACGAAUCGAAAUUGCUCGUAACAUUCCCAUCUGUACCGUUUGCGGGGGAUGCUCCUUAUUGGGUCCUAGGAACCGAUUAUAAAAACUAUGCUGUCGUUUGGAGUUGUAGAAAUUACGGAAUAUUCAACGCUAAGAUUGUUUGGAUCUUGGCACGAGAACGUUCACCAUCUGUCGUUGUUAUGCAGGACGCUUACCAAGUUCUCGACAGAAACAGAAUAAGUAGAGCUUAUUUCAUACGCACGGAUCAAAGGAAUUGUACAGUGACAUAUUAAAAAAUAAGUUAUUGCUUCUUCUGCAAAUUUAAUUUAAGGAUUACGUGAUUGUUAUGUAUUUGAUAGAAAUUGUUAAAGAAAUUUUACCAAAUUAUUGUGAUCAUGCAGCCCUUUAGUUUUAAAUAUAUGUAUUAUUGUUAUUAAUAUAUAACACGAUCGGUAAGCCAGGAAUUGCA